CGAGAAGGCCGUCCUCGUCUCAAGAUGGGUAUUCGGCACGCUCCAUUCAUCGCCCGGACGGUAUUCGUCCGCAACAACAACGUCGAGGAGGCCUGCAGCGUUCUGAAUAGAAUAAUGGGGCGAGACGGUUUGUUCGAGCAAUUCAGACGCAUGAGAUUUUACGAGAAACCCUGUCAGACACGGAGGCGCAUUAACUUCGAAAAAUGUAAAGCCAUUUACAACGAGGAUAUGGACCGAAAGAUAAAGUUCGUCAUGAGGAAAAACAGAGUAGAACCGUUUCCAGGGUGCAGUUAAAGUCCUCGUUAAAUUGAACCGAAUUUUAGUCUGUAAUAAUCGUUUUAAGAUUGAGAAUAAUAAACAUUGAAAGAAUAAUUUAAAACAA